GGCGAUAAAUUACAGAUAAAUCAAGAUGGCGGAAGACCUGGAUGUAGAAGCCAUGCUAGAGGCCCCUUAUAAAAAAGAUACCUUUGAGAUAUUUCUCGAGUAUGCAUCUACAGUGACACUUCAAUAUAGAGGCUUACCUGGUCUCACACACUCUGUUAAUUCCGGCAUACUGCUGUAUCAUGAGGUCAUCCGAACUACCUCCACCAUGGAUCUAUGUCAUCGUGGAUUCUAAGCAAAAUAUCGAGUAUUGAAUAAUUGAACAUAGAUUGAAGUAAGCGUUCAUUAAAAGGCAGUAGUAUGAAGAAAGCACUAGUACCUCUAGAUGCACUCAAUAUAGCUGUAUAUGGAUGGAUGAUGCACCUAAAACAAAUGGACGAAGUCGGGAAAAUGGAUCAUCUUCUCACAAAUCCAGCAAAUCUCGUCAUCGGAGUAGGUCCAGGGAUAGGGAUAGGAAGGACAGGGAUAAAGAUCGCUCCAAAGGGGACAGGGACAGAGACCGGGAUAGGGAUCGCUCUGAUAAAGAUAGAGACAAAGACAGAGAUCGAGAUCGUGUGAAAGAUCGAGAUAAAGAAGAUAGAGGUCGAUCUCGAGAUCGGGAUAGAAAAGACAGAAGGAGAAGCAGAUCUAGGGACAGAAGGGAUAAGGACAGACAUGAUUAUAGAAGACGCAGUAAAGAACGACGUAAUAGAUCACCAUCACCACGUCCAUUCCCUAAACACAGAGGGCGAACACCUCCAAAUGCUCUCGGAUACAAGUCAACAGCUGAAGAACUCAGUCCGGAGGAAAGAGAUGCAAGAACAGUUUUUGUAUGCAGCUCAAUCAGAGGAUAAGAGCAAGAGAUCUUGAGGACUUUUUCUCCAGUGUGGGUAAAGUGAGGGAUGUACGACUUAUAACAUGUAAUAAAA